AUGGAUAUGGAACCUGCCCAAAUGGGAAGUAUUAGGGCCGUUUACUUAACUACAGGAAUCUGGUUCUACUGGUCCAUUGUUUUGCUCUCUAUUAUUGGGAUCCUGACUGCUUACACUUCAUUGCUCUUGGUACUUGGAUUUUUGUUGGUUUGGGAAGGGAACAAGCUAUACCUGCACUGGUGUCAUAAGAUCCUGAUUCUGCUAGUGACUGUAGUGUCUGUCACUUUGUUGUGGAUUUUAUGUAAAUUCUGGAAGGAUAAGUGGCUGAUACUUGGGCUGUCACUGAAGAUCUUUGCUCCCUACUGGCACCUGACCUGCAUAACUUUGAUGGUUAUCUUUUCAUGGCCUGUAUCCUAUUACUUCGUCCAGUUGGAAGGAGAAGCUAGAUACAGAAGAUACAUGAUGUCAUAUUACAACCGAGAAAAACACAAGAGAUGUCAUAUACUUAAGAGGUUGAAAGCUCUACAAAUGGUUGUUGGACUGCCCUUUAUUGUUGUCCUUUUGUUUCUCUACGUGGUGCCAGUAGGGAUUCACUCUCCCUGCAUCCAGGAUAAGGAGGAUUUAGGGCCCAAACCAACCUUCUUUGGACAUAGAGGUGCUCCCAUGGUAGGGCCUGAGAAUACCAUGAUGUCUUUUGAGAGAGCUGUUGAACAAGGGGCCUCUGGGCUGGAGUCUGACAUACACAUAAGUUUUGAUAGUGUGCCUUUCCUUAUGCAUGACCAUGACUUGAAACGAACAACCGAUAUCCAUGAGGUGAUGCCCAGUGCUACCUUCAACAGAUGUGAAGGCUUCACGUGGGAUUUCCUGUCAACUCUGAAUGCAGGCAAAUGGUUUUUAAAGCCUCAAGACAAACCAUUUUACCGUAUGAAAUCCCUAUCAGAGGCUGAUAAUGAAAGAGCAAGAAAUCAGAAAAUUCCACAACUACGUAAUUUAUUAGAUCUUGCACAGAAGGAAAAAAAGUUUGUGAUAUUUGAUCUUCCAGCCCCUCCACCAAAACAUCCUCAAAGAAACACAUAUGUCCGUCUGGUAGUAAGCGUGAUCCUUGACUCUAAAAUUGAGCCACAUCUGAUUUUUUGGUUGCCAAGUUUUGAUAGGGACUAUGUCAAGCUUAUGGCUCCUGGUUUUCAGCAAGUGGGCCGAUUAGAGACCCUUGAUGAACUUUCAAAAGAAAACAUAAGAAUAAUAAAUGUUGACUACAAGGAGUUGUUCUACAAUGGGUUGAGAGACUAUAAAGCAGCUAACAUCACCAUCAACUUAUAUAUUGUCAAUAAGCCUUGGCUGUUCUCACUCGCCUGGUGCUCCAGAAUUCAUUCAGUAACCACAGACAACAUUGAGCUCCUGAGUCAGAUUGAUCACCCUCACUUCUUCAUGACACCAAGGUACUAUAUGUUCAUAUGGCUUCUCAUAGAUGCUAUUUCUGCAGUUUUAAUUUCUGCCAUAUUUUCUUUUCACUGGUGUUGA